CCAUGGGAAACAAAGAAAAUGCCAAAACGUUGAAUAACUCUCAACUCAAGACUUGAAUUGGUGGCUAUCUCUCCUCUGCAUUUUCACUGAUCCCUUGUUUUAUUUUUUGGUUAAACACAUACAUUCACUCGUUUUCAUAAUGAGUUUUGUACUUUUGUAUCCAUGCGCUGCUCAUAUUGACCAUGACGUUUCCUUUCUCUCCUCGAUAUAAACCAGGGAAGGUUCUUCUAUUUCAUUCAAUUCAAUCCCCUCGUCAACCUUGUUAGACAGAGAAAGAGAGAGAGAAGCUGAGAGAGAGAGAGAGAGAGAGAGAGAGAGAGAGACAGAGAUAGAGAUAGAGAGAUAUGGCAAGUGGGUUAAUGGAGGUGCUGCUGGUGAAGGCAAAGGGUCUUCAAGAACAUGAUAUCUUUGCUCGUAUGGAUCCGUAUGUUCUGUUGCAAUACAAAGGUCAAGAGCGCAAGAGCAGUGUACUCCAUGAGGGGGGCAGAAACCCUGUAUGGGAUGAGAAAUUCAUAUUCAGAGUGGAAUACCCUGGCUCUGGUGGACCAUACAAGCUCAACCUUAAAAUCAUGGACAAGGAUGUAUUUUCUGCAGAUGACUUUGUUGGCCAGGCCACAAUCUAUGUAAAGGAUUUAUUGGCAGAAGGAGCAGAGAAUGGAUCAGCUGAGAUUCGUACUCGCAAGUAUAGUGUGGUUCGAGCAGACCAAUCUUACUGUGGUGAGAUUGAAGUUGGUAUAACUUUCAAACGAAAGGAAGAGGAAUACUCUAACAAUGACUUUGGAGGAUGGAAGGAAAGUGAGUAUUAGUUCAGAAUGCAUCAGAUGUAGAUUUUGGAAUGAAGAUCAAGAUAGCUUAAUGUCUUUUCUGUAAAUCGUUGAACACAGAAAUUGUUAUCCCUUCUGGUGGUUGUGAUGUGAUGAAAACAUUUUGCAUUAAGAUAGUUGUUAAUGAGAUUCCUCAUACAAUUUGCAGUCACAAAAGGAGUGAAUCACAUAUCAUUACUUGGAAGUUGGAAA